GGGGCCGCUCCGUUCCACGCUAGGUUCGCCCGCCGCAAGUGGCCGUGUCGCUUGGCCGACAUCCAGUUCCUCGGUGGCCACUUCCUUCAUGCUGGCCCUUCUCCCCCGUGUCUCUUCUGUCUCCUGUAAGGACAUCCUGAUUCAGCGUGGCGUCCUCUCGAGAUCCUUAAUGACGUCUGCAAGGCCUUUUUUCCAGAUAAACUCAAGUUCACAUGCACAGGGGAAUUCACCGGGUUAGGACUUGGACCUACUUCUUCGAGGGCCACCAUUCAGCCCAUCAUACAACCUAUACCCCCAAAUAAAUUAAGAUGGCCCCCAGCCCCGUUUUCUUUGCCUUAUCCGAGGGAGAGACGUGGACCUCACAGGCCCCUCUGUACACGGCCGGCACGCUGGGCCCCACAGCAGACCUGGCUCCAGGGCCACCCUGGGCCUGGCCCGGGCCCGUCCUGGUUCAACUUCUGUUUGCUGGAGGCUGAGUCCAUGUGCCCCUGCUAAAGCCAUCACCUCUGUCUGCCUCUGAGCCAGCCUGGCCACGGCUCGCACCCAGAAUUAUUUUCCAGAGAAACUGUUUGCCUCUGUUUAAAGCUUGUGUCCUUGGGAACCUCCAGCCCUCCAGCACUCACCGGCUGGAGGGCAAAUGCUCUUCAUUAAGGUGGCAGGAGGCACCUGACACCCAACCAGGGGCGGAGAAGGAAAGCCUCCCCAGCACGCUGGAAGAGGAGUGGGGGAGGAAGCCACGCAAAGCCGACGGCCCUCUCCUGCGGUCGGGGGCUCCUCUCCGCGUCCUCAGGAUGGGCUGCCCGCGGAGGAAGGCCCUGUCUGUCCUCCUUAUUCUCGUGCCUGCGUAUCUGCGUGGGGCUUCCUCACAGCGAGCCAGCCCCGCAGGGCAAAGAAAACCAUUUUUCGAGAGGCUCCGUGGACUGGAAGAGCAGUUCCGGAGGUUCCAAGAGGUGACCUCAACACACCUGUGAGACCUGGCCAGUAGCUACAACCUGUUGUUCCAGAGCCUGGCCCGAGAGACGCAGGCAGUGGCCCUGGCCAUGAACCACUCACAGGCCGCCGUGCAGGGCGACCCGAGCCACCUCAAGACCUGGAUGCAGAACCGGAAGGUGGAGUCCAGGCUGCUGGCCUUGGGAGCCGCCCUGCGUGAGAGGGACAAGCAGCACAGCCAGGCGGGGAAGGCGCAGCAGGCGUACAGGUUCGCGCUCUCCGGCCUGGCCCUGGACCUGAGGGCCCUGCAGGACACGCUGGCUCGCCUCACGCACCUCGUGCAGGGCCAGGGCGCCCGGCUGGCCGCUCUCGAGGGCUGGCUGCAGGUGGCCAGCCCUGGCACCGUAGCCCCAGGCCUGACCCCGGCCCGGCCCCUGACCCCGCCCGGGCUGCCAAGCCCCAGCUCCCCAACGCUGCAGAGGGGAAAGCAGGCGCUCAGAGCUCCACCCGAGACUGGGGACGCACUUCAGGACCCUGCCAGGGCACGCGGGCGCCCCCCUGGCCCAGGCGGCCAGCGGGCUUGGCCUCUGGUGUCCUCUGAGCAGCCUUCUCCCCGGAGCUCUGAGGAGUGGACACUGGCUUCACACCCCACGUACCCCCAGAAGAAAGGGGGGCUGUGCAGCUCCCCUCCGUCUCCAGCCUGUGAUGUGGGCCCCGUGCUGGUCUUCCCAAAUGCUUCCACCCAGAACAUCGCCUUCCUCAGCUCCGGCUUCCCGUGGGGCCUGCGAGCCCUGUCGGUCUGCAGCUGGGUCCGCAUGGCCUCGGGCCACCUGGGCACCCUGCUGUCCUACGCCACGGAGGAGAACGACACCAGGCUUGUGCUGUGCAACAGGGACUCCCCAGCCCCCGGCUCCAUCCACUUGGUGAUUGGAGACCCAGCCUUCAGGGAGCUGCCCCUGCAGCCGCUGCUCGACGGGUGUGUCAUCUGGACGUCCACCCUGGGCAGGUACUGGCUGCACGUGGACCGCAGGCUCGUGGCCACCGGGUCUCGCUUCAGGGGGGGCUACGAGAUCCCUGCGGGAGGGUCCCUCGUCCUGGGCCAGGAGCAGGACAGCAUGCGGGGUGGGUUUGACAGCUCUGAGGCCUUCGUGGGGAGCAUGGCAGGCCUGGCCAUAUGGGACCGGGCGCUGGUCCCUGGGGAGGUGGCAAAACUAGCCACUGGGAGGGAGGUCCCGGGGGGCGCCAUCCUGACGCUGGACGAUGCCCAGUGGGGAGGCGGAUCCGUGCAGAGGGUGAACUGCAGCUGCUUGGAGCUCUGUCCCUGAGGCCUCACGCUCUGGGCCCGCCAGGAGCCACCCUGACCCCAGCACACCCCGUCAAGGGCCCCAUCCUGGACUGGGGAGGGGACAGGGCCACGUGAGAGGGAGCAGGACGACAGGUGGAGUGGGGCCAUGGGAGGACCUAUGGGCUGUGACAUCAUUCCAACCUGGGGAGCACAGGACUCCAGUGGGGCGUCUCGUCUGGGCUGCGUUGGCCAGUGGAGAAGCCCGUUUUCAUGGAACCCGGCUGGGUGCUUUUGAACUGCCAUGGCCCUCUCUCGAAGUGGCUUAGAAAUUGUCCGUCCGGGUGGUCCUUGUCCCCAUAUCCCUCAUGAAAAGGGUCAGGAAUCCAUGUCCUGCCCCUAAGCUCCAGUGCCAUUCACCGGGCACCCUGAGGGUUUCGUCAAGGUGCUGCGUGGCCAGUGGCCGGCGGGGCUGCCAGAGCCCAUGAAGGGAGCACGCUGUUCGGAAAGAGACACGAGCCAUGGUCGGUAGCGGAGUAUUACCAGAGCAGUGUCAGGACGUUCACCUGUGAUGUGUGUCUAGUACAGCUGGUUCGCGAAUUCACCAAGCUGUGCAACCAACAGCACAGCCCAGUUUUAGGGUGUUUACAUGUCCCCCCAUUGUGCCUAUUAGCGGUCGCUCCUGUCCCCCCAGCUCCGGCGACCCCUGACCGACGCUCUGAGCGGAUUCGCCCAUUCUGGACGUUGGACGUUUCACCUAACGGAAUCACACGCUGUGGGGUCUCGCGUCUGCGUCUGUCGCCGAGCGGCGUGCUCCCCGGCCCCGGGGACACUCCCCUGCCUGGCGGACGUGGCGGCACCCUGUCGAGAUGGACCCCGCACUGUGCUCCGUUCAUCCGCUUCCAGUCUCUGGCUUCCGUGAAUAAAGCUGCUUUGAGCAUUCUCCUGAGUCCUGCUGCAGACAAGGGGGCUGUUCCCUUUGAGCGGGUGCUGGAGACGCAAAUUUCUGGGUCUCGUGGUGAACUCGUGUCUGAACUUGCAAAGGGACGGCCAAACCGGUUUCCAAAGCAGCGGCCUCCCUUUCCAUUCCCACCACCCGCCAGUGUGAGCGCUCGGGCUUCUCCGCAUUGUUGCCAACGCUAGAUGUGGUCAGUCUGACGACGUGUAUUUGCACAGUUCUGAAGCGAGACCCGUAAAAGAAGGGGCAGUGAGAGAAGGGGCGUUAAGUUUCGGUGUGAUGAAAAUGAACCCCUACGGUAUCGGGGAUUCCCAGGGAAGA